AUGGGGGAAAUAGGGAAAAAUGGGGGAAAUUGGAUGAAAACCUGGAUCUGUGAUUCGGGACAAAAGCUGGAAAUUUUCAUCCCAUUUUUGGGCAAGUCCCGACCCUUUUCGGGACGUUGCUGCCAAAUCUGCACCCCCAAGAGCUGGGGUGGUUUCUUCCACCAGCAACUUUCCCGCCUUGGUUUCCGUGAUGCCGCCCGGGUGACCGAGAAGGACACACGGUUCCGGGGCUGGCUGGUCCGAAGGGUCUGUGUUUUCCUGAUGGUUUGGAACUGGAAAGUUCCUGCUGACACCCCUAGAGACCUCCUGGAGAGAGUCUGCCAGAGCAAGAGGGUGCAGGAUGCUGCUGGCCUGUCCCACGGCUUCAGAGGGGACAGCGAAUCCCAGCAGGGCUGGAAGGAGAAAGUCCUGGAGAUCCUGGCCCAGAUCCAGGCCCCGCUCUCAGUCCCCACCCUGAGGUUGUGCUGCUGGGUCCUGCUCAAGCUUCUGAACCGCCUCUUCUUCGGGGUGCAGCUCCACCGUGGGCAGCUGGAGAUGGUCCUGAGGGCCACCCGGACGCCUGGUGUUCCACUGGUGUUUGUCUCCAGGCACCAGUCCCAGCUGGAUGGGCUGCUCCUCUCCUUCCUGCUCUUCUCCCAGGGGCUGGGGGUGCCCAGGGUGACCGUGGGUGCCCAGCCCUGCAGCCCCCACCUCCGAGCCUUGCUCAGCCGCCUAGGAGGGGUUUUCCUGCCCUGGAGGACAGAGGGGACACGAAGCAACAGGGACAAGGAGCUCCCAGAGGUUGUUCUGGCCGCGUACGUGGAGGAGGUGCUGAGGAGCCAGCAGGCUCUGCUGAUCUUCCUGGAGGAGCCCCAGGCCCCCCGGCAGCUGUCGGGCCCCGCUCGGGCCUGGCUGGCCGCGCUGCUCCGCGCCCUGCGGGGCCGCGCCGUCCCCGACCUGCUGCUGCUCCCCGUCGGCAUCGCCUACGACCUGGCCCCGGGAGGCCUGCAGCAGGGUGGAGAGGACCCCCCCUGCCCCCUGGGCCUGGGCUCCUGCCUGCGGGCGCUGUGCCGGGCCCUGCGCCAGCCCCGCGGCUGUGCCCGCGUGGACUUUGCCCAGCCCUUCUCCUUGCAGGUACAGCAGCCAAGGAUCUCACCAGAGAUCCCACCAGGAAUCCUGCCGGGUGGGGAGGGUGGGCAAACCCCUGAGUUUGUGGCCAAAAACCAGGUGAUCAGUAGGGAGACCCUGGAGGAGCUACUGCUGCCCACCAUCCUUGGCACCUGCCCCGUUCUGCCAGAGGCCAAGAGCAGGAGUCCCAGCCCCACCAUGGCCACCAGCUUGGAGAAAGAGGAGGAGAUGUUGGUGAUGAAGCUGGGCCUGCACUGCCUGAGCGACACCAUGUCCUGCUCUGCCAUCAUGGCUGUGGAGAUCAUGUCGGCCCUUCUGCUGUACAGGCACCGCCAGGGAGUCCUCCUCUCCAGGCUGAUGCUGGACUUCUCCUGGCUGCUGGAGGAGAUCCUGCUGCGUCGGCACGAUGUGGGCUUCUCAGGGCAGCUGCGUGCUGUGGUGUGGCACAGCCUGCACCUGCUCAGGGCCCACGUCACCUUCUACCACCUCAGGCCCCUCGGGGAUGUCCUGGUGGUCCCCGAGGUCUCAGCUGAGGCCUGGAGGGAGCUGGGCCACCACAGUGCUGCCCUCCUGCCUGUCUUUGCCUGCGAGGCCGUGGGAGCCUGUGCCAUCCGAGCCCUCCUGCUGGAGCUGCUGCCGUUCCUGGGAGGCCCCCCUGUGCCCCCCGGCAUCAGCCUGAGCCAGGACGAGCUGCACCAGAAGACCCUGGAGCUGCUCCAGCUGCUGCCCCCCAACCUCCUGGGGCUCCAGCCCUGCCAGCCCCCGGAAUGCCGGAGUCAGGACAUCUUGGACAAGCUCCUCCUGUGUGGGCUCCUGCAGGCUGAGGAGGAGAACGAGCACUGGGUCUGUGACGUAUCCCUGCAGCCCUGGCCCGGGGUGGACUUCUCUGACAGUGACAGCGACAAUGAAGCCCCCAAACGCUGCUUCAAGGUGAGUGAGCCCCCAGGCUGCCCCGGCCUCCUCCUCUUCCUCUGCCGCCUCCUCUGCCCCGUCCUGCGCAGCUUCGGCGGAGCCGCUGCCUUCCUGGGACAGACCUGCUGGCCACAGCCUGAGGCAGCCUGCCUGGAGGCCCUGCUGCAGUUCCUGGCCCAGGAGGAGGGUUGGGGCCCUCCCAGCAGGAGCCUGGCCCUCAGCUCACUGCAGACCUUCAAGGAGAUGGGGGUGCUAGAGGAGGUGCAGACCCCUACAGGUCCCCAGCUCCAGCUCACCCAGCCCUUCCUCACUGCCACCAACCGGGAGAAGCUGGAAGCCUUUAUCCACCAGUUCACCCAGUCGUAG